AGACGUGUGCGCCUUGCGAGUUGCGGUGUACAUGGGCGCGUGCCGUAUCGAUUAAACUUAUAACGGUGAACUUACGAGUUACGACUCAGUAAGAAAAUUAUGUUUAUAUACAACAAAUAUAAUACAUUAGUAUUGUAAUGACGUCGUACGGGGUUAUGUGCAACCGUGCCGGUCGUCAAUGAUAUAAUUUAACGUCGGUGUCCCGCUAAAUUCCAGGCGAAAAAAUACGCAUUACGCGGCCAUAUAGAACCGAGAUAGAGAGCAAAUGAGAACUUCUAUACAUAUAAUAAUAAAUAAUAAUAACGCCCGAUGAAUGCACGAGUGGUGGAGUGAAUACGAAGAAGUCGACAGCUUGUUUGCUGCUGUUGCCAAUGUGGAAGGGGUUUGUUCGAGAAUGAAUCUUAAAGUGCUAAAAAUAGAUGCCUACCCGCCACCACUGUCGUCGCUACAGCCUCUUACAACUCUUUUUUUCCACACGCAGAGUGUAGAGACAUCACAUCAUACUAUUCGUUGGACACCAUAAUAUUUCGAUUAAUUAUUUUCUAGAUUUAUUUUUCUUGCAUUCUAUCAUUCAUUUGCCCCCUAUUUUCAUCACCGACGUUAGCCCCAUAUCAGUUACACUACGGUGCGCGGUUUUUUUUAUAUGUCUGCCAAAUUUGUAGAAAAACUCGAAAUUUUUCACUCAUUAAAAACUGUUGUGGGCCGCCUAUGGUUUCAUGAAGAUUUUCAGCCAAGUCUAGAACUGAAUCAUCAGCAUUUGUAAACAACAUUCUAGAAAUUUGACACCAUUAAAUUAUAUAAAUCACAAUGGUCGUACCAGAAAAUGGAGUAAUGUGUGACCAUAUUAUGCGAGGAAUAGAGAAGAAUGGAGGAGCUGUACAUUUACAUAAUCGUAAACAAAAACUAAAACAAAAAUUUGAUGUAUUAAAGAAGCUAGGAGAAGGAUCAUGUGGAAAAGUCCAAUUAGGUAUUUGCAAGGAGACCGAACAACUAGUUGCUAUAAAAACAAUAAGGAAACGUAAAAUAGAGACUGAAGCAGAUUUAAUAAGAAUAAGACGAGAGAUACAAAUUAUGUCUUCUGUAAGGCACCCAAACAUUAUUCACAUUUAUGAAGUUUUUGAAAAUCGCGAAAAAAUAGUACUAGUAAUGGAGUAUGCAGCAGGUGGAGAGUUGUACGAUUUUUUAAGUGAAAAAAAAGUUCUUGCCGAAGAAGAAGCUAGGAGAAUAUUUAGACAAGUCGCUAUAGCUAUUUUUUAUUGUCAUAAACAUAAUAUUUGUCAUCGCGAUCUCAAAUUAGAAAAUAUUUUGUUAGAUGAACAAGGAAAUGCCAAGAUAGCUGAUUUCGGUUUAUCUAAUGUUUUUAAUCACAAAGCUCUCUUGUCGACUUAUUGUGGUAGUCCAUUGUACGCGUCUCCUGAAAUUGUAACUGGUACACCUUACCAUGGUCCUGAAGUUGACUGUUGGUCACUUGGUGUUUUGCUAUAUACCUUAGUGUAUGGUACAAUGCCGUUUGACGGAUCAAAUUUUAAACGCCUUGUUAGACAAAUUUCUCAAGGGGAAUACUAUGAACCGAAAAAUCCAUCCAGAGCUUCUCCAUUAAUAGCAAAAAUGAUGACUGUAAAUCCUAAUGUACGAGCUGAUAUUCAUACUAUAUGUUCACAUGAAUGGUUAAACAAAGAUUUUCCGGAAGAUCAACAAUGUUUACUCCUUGCAGAAGAAAUGGCUUCUUCUACUCCUGUUCGACUAGAUCUAUUGCUUUCAUUAGCUCCAUCAGCUCAAGAAACUAAUAACAAUCUAGCUAUACCAGGAGCUCCAAACAGUAUAGGCGCAGUAGAUAGCGGACCUGUAAGGUCUCAGAGUCUAGGAAAUAUUUCUCCAUCCCGUGUAUCUAAUGCCAUAACAGAAGUACCUGUCGAAAAGAAACCCAAGAAAACCAAAAAGAGGGAUCGUUCUGUAAGUCGUUCGAAAAAACAUAACCAAGCUAAAAAGAGUGAAAAUGAGCCUACAUUUCAAACUGUUGAAGAAUCGUCUAAGCAUGUAGACAGUAACUCAAAACCUGAGGAAGUUCAACCUACGUCAGAAUCAAAUAAAAGCAUUGAACGUGAUAUAAAAUCUUACGGUGAACGUGGUAGAAGGCGAUCUAGCAGAGUUUUAGAGGCUGUUGAAAAAUUAGACCUUAUUGAAUCUAUGUCAAAGAAUAGCAUUGAUCAAAAAAGGCGUAGUUCUCUUGGCAGUGGAUCAUCUAAUAGUUCCAAAAAAAGUAUUGCGUCUAACGGAUCUAUUAAUCAAGUGGAAAAACAAGAGCCACAAUUUAGCCUAGAAUCAACAAUUGGACUCAAUAAAUUAGCUGAAAGUGCUUUAAAUAAUGAACCGUUUAAUUGUGGUUUACAAACAAAUAAAAAUGAUUUUAAAAAUCUCCCUGAAGAUUUGAGAAAGAGCUUAAAUGCUAUCAGAAUUAUUGGUGAUUCAAUAGCUGAUAGCAAGAAAACGCCAGCUGAUGAACCUAAGAGGAAAACAUCGAGAGCAGAAAUAAAAUUAGCCAGACCUGAACUACCUGUUAGCAAUAUUGGAAAAGAAAAAAAAAAUCACGAAAAUGAUACAAAUGAUACAAACUACAAAACAGAAGUUAAACAUUUUGUACAAGUGCCGAAACCCACUCGACGUGCAGAGGUAUCUAUUCCUAUUGCUUCAGCUGUUGCAGUAUCGUCCCCUACACCUACACCUUCACCUCUACCACCAAGACCUGUGGUGAGGCAAACAAGUCAAUCUCGUGAGCAUAUUAUACCUAUUAGAUUUGAACCAGACGAUAAGUCAAAAACUAAGCCUGUACAAAGAACUUCAUCUGUAUCCAGUACAAAGACUAGUGGUAGUAACUUGUCACGACAAAGUACUUUAGAUACUGACAGUAAUAGCAGUAUAGUAAGCAUAGGCGGAGAGCCGAUAAGAAAAUCUCCACGUGAAGUCAUUAUACCUAUAGCAGUUGAAGGUGGUGGUUUUGUUACACCCAGUGAAAAUGCAGUAUCCAGAAUAAGAAGCUCUUCUAGUGAUAAAUUUGAUGAUGAAGCUGGUGCAGUCGGUGGACCGGGAAGAUGUUUCACACUACGCAGCUCUCGUAGACAAAAACCGUCGGCUCGAAGUUUACAAGCCACUGAAAGUAUUAGUUCCGACGAGGAAGAUGAUAGUUUUGAGGUUUUGACUGCUGAAAAUUUAUUUUCAACAUUGUUGUCUAGGGUACGUGAUUUGACAAAUCGUUUGAGUACAGACGAAACUAGAGGAUCUGAUUUUCCAAGGUCGUUCUUUAACCAGCACCGUUCUAUAUUUGAUCACCAAACCCCAAUACGUCGUUUGACUGAAACUAGAUCGUUUAAUCGAGGCGAGGCUGCUCCGUGGCGUAGAAGUUUUGUUGCUACAACGGCUCCUCAAGACCAAAGACCGACUGAUGGUUUUGCUAGAGAAUUAUUUACAAAUAAUGAUAAAAGGACUCAUACUCCGAUGAAACCACCAGUGUACAAACAAAUUCUUCCCCGUGUUUUAGAAAGACCUAAUGAAUAUUCAUCGAAAAUACCUAAACACACUCUCUUGUGUAACAUUACUGACAACAAAGAACGUCAGAAACGAGUUGAUACAAUAUUAGAGAAAUAUCGCCAAAACACUACUAGUUCGUUGCCCAGACAACUAUCGAGAUCAUUGAGCUGUCACAACAAAUCUUCAAAGGCUGUCAAGCCGCUCACGCCAGAAGUAGUCCAGGCACGCGUACUUGAUUGUCCAGUACAGAAAAUCACUGGUUCUCGAAGCGUAAGUCCUUACUCUCUAGUCAAUCAUCGUUCUGAUAAAUCCUCGUUUGAUGUGCCGUACAACAACAGUGUAUUGUCAAAAUCGUAUUCACUCAAAAGUCUCUCUGAAAAUCAACCAAGGUCUUUGUCAUCAACUUCGAUUUCUGGUUCGAGAACUAACAAUUGCAAGACCCUGAUGAAAUCGAACAGCACACUCGACAAUAGCGAAGAAGAAAUUUCAGAAUCUUCAAGUACCAGAACCAUGUCAAAAGAAGGAAAUUGUUCGUCGACAAUGUUACCUCUAGAUUGGAUCCCCGUAACACUAACCAACAGUAGAUGCGAAGAGACAAUGAGCGACAGAAUAAAAAGACGCAGUUUUUAUGUCAAACUAACUUAAACAUGUACUCGAACUAUUAAUGCGUUACAGGUUACCAAUGUACGUUAACCAACAUUUUUUUUAUUUAUUGAUAUAAAUAACAAUAUAUUUAUAUAUAUAUAUAUAUAUAUAUAUAUAUAUAUAGGGUG